AUGGAGAGCGACGGAAGACCUCAUAACAAGGGACCUCCCAAUCGACUCUGUGCUAUCAGGGUGACUUGUAUCGGCUACGACUCCACCAUCCGUCGCGUGCUGGAUAUCCCAGAGAUUAUCGAGCUCAUCUUCAGCUUCUUGGAGAAGCGUAACAAUGUCGUCAAUGCCUGCGUCUGCAAACGGUGGUCUGAGAUUGCCCUCGACGCCGUCUGGCGCGAUGUGGAUAAUCUGAAUGUGUUGUUCAGUCUUCUGGCUCCUCUAGGGCAGGCCAGCAGAUACGCACCGGUGACUUUUACCAGAACACUGAACCCAGACGACUGGCGCCGCUUCGCUCACUACGCUCGACGUGUGCGAAAGUUAUCGUACACCGAGGACAGGUCCGAACAGGGUCUAUGCUCAUCUAUCUUCGACGAAAUCGCACGCUCGCGCAUGGCCAUCAGCAUCCUCCCCAACCUGCACACGCUCGAGUGGCGCACCAUGCGGCUCCGCCAUGCCCUGCCUUUCAUGGGCGAGAGCGUGCGCGACUUCCGCGUCGAGCUGCACGACUGCGCCGCUCACCCGCUCUCGACGUUCCUUGAGGAUGUGGCGGAGCGCAUGCCGCAUCUCACCAGCCUCGAUCUGUCGUUCGGCUUCCCCGUGCGGGACCUUGAAGACGGCCUCACCACGCUUCUCAAGCAGCUCACGAAGCUGACGCGGAUCAUCAUGCCGCUGUAUACGAUAUCGUCGCGGAUCGUGGAGUCCGUGUCGAUGCUGCCCGCUCUGACCUGCCUGCAGUUUGAAUAUGAAGAGAGGCAGGGCCAAGGCGAAAAGCGCGACGUGCAGGAGUUCGCGCCGAGGCUGCAGGAAGGCGCGUUCCCUGCGCUGUACGACCUGAACCUCAGCGUCAACCUCCCCGACAUGACGCGCUUCCUAAACAGCAAAUUCUCGCCGGCCAAUCUGACCUCGCUGUACGUGCACGUCCUGUCCAGCGUCGUGCCCGACGUCCUCACAGAGUUCCUGCUCGCCGUGUCCGAGAGCUGCAAGCUGCUCACCGCGCUCUACGUCGAUCUCUACGCGACGCCGGACGCCCUCGACUCAAUCGAGCGUCUCGAGGCGAAGCGUCUCGCGUGGGAGCAUUUGCGGCCGCUGCUGUCGUUCCGCACGCUCAAGACUUUCGAGCUGCGGUGGGACCUUCCUCUGCGCAUCACCGAGGUCGACAUCGCGGAGCUCGCGUCCGGGUGGCCCACGCUCGAGGUGCUCAUGCUCAACUGCGAGCCGCUCAUCCCGCUCGGGGUGUCCUCGCUCACGCUCAGCACACUCGUCUACUUCGCUGAACAUUGCCCGAACCUGCGCGAGCUCGGGCUGUAUAUAACGGGUAAUGUGGAGUGCCUCCCCGCGCCCGUGCCGUUCCGGAAGCUGUCGAAGCUCUGCGUCGGCGUGUCGAGCAUUGGCGCAGCAGCGCCCGCGGCGCUGUUCCUGAGCAAGGUGCUCCCGCCGGGGUGCGAUGUGAUCCCUGGGGUGAGCUGGCCGGACAGCCUCGGCAUGCUUGAGGUGGAGGGCAACUCGGAGAUGCUCGGGUUGAUGCAGCGCCGCGCGACGGAGUGGUAUAAUCAGUGGGCGGAGGUGUCGCGCAUGCUGCCGCUACUGACGCGCUUGCGCGCGGAGGAACGUGCGCGCCAGGAGGGGCUGCAGAGGGAGGUGGAGGAUUUGAGGGUGAGGUGUAAGGUGUUGGAGGAUAGGGCUGCGUUGCCUGAUACUGAGGAUGGGCGGUGUGUGAUUGCAUGA